CUCUGAGCCUCAUACACAGGACACACUCACUGCUGCUCAGAUCAGAUGCUGUGAGAGUGUGCACAAGAGCUACAAGAGACCUCUGGCCGUGGACAAGGAUUAAAAUCAGGAAACAAUUUUCUGGAGUUUUUUUAUAAACUGGAUUAAGAGAGACAUCUGGAGAUGUGUGGGUGGGGAGUCGUCUUGAAUGGAUGAUGAAGUACCCAAGGAGGACUGGAUAAAAGCUUCCAGCAGUGAAUGAUGACUCCCAUGAGGUAUCUAGUUGAUCGUUGACAAGUGUGAACUUUAUUUCCUUGGGAGGCAAUGGAGGGUUGGAAGCAGAUCUGAUGACACAGCUCUCAGAUUUCACUCCAAUCUCUGGGGCACCUGCUCAUCACUGAAAUUGCUUUCCAUCCUCCAAGUUUACAACUUCAAAGCUAAGACCAAUCUUCCACAGGGGCAUAGUUUGUCUGUAUUCAAAACACAUUGUGGAACCUUGUAAUUAUGCCCUCACUCUCAUUAUCUCUGUUUCUUCUGUUGCACGACUGCAAGGUGAGAGAGAAGUGGAUCAGAGGGUGAGGAGAUUUUUUUUCUCUUCAAGAUUAGAGAAGGUAGCCGAGGGAGAGAGGAAGGCAAAAAGGGGGGAGGGAGAGAUAAACAGAGGCAGCUUAAGGCGGUAAACACGUCCUGUCCAGAGCCAGCUCUCCUCUAAACACAUCAGGCAUAAAUCAGCAUCUGUCCGGAACAGGAGGACAAACCAAAGCGAGUUACAAACACUGUUGCUGUCAGUCUGGAAACACUGAAGGGAAGAUAAACUGAAUAAAGUAAAAAAGAAGCGGAUUAUUAUUUACUUUAUAAAUCUAGAUUUGCCAGCCACCACAGCCAUGGACUCAGACGUCUCCCACAGCUUCCCUUGUCUUUGCAGCAAGAGGAAACGGCAGCAGUUGAGCAGAAGCAGCAGCAGAUUAUCUUCCAGACCCCAUCAGCCUCUCCUCCACCCCAGGACCCUGCUGCUGCUGCCCCUGCUGCUCCUGCUCGGCCUCUCCCUGUGGAGCCAGCAGGCUGAGGCCCUGGUCCACUCCAGCUUCAGAAGGCUCAGCGGCCGAGAGAAGAAGGAGAUGCAGAAGGAGAUCUUGUCCAUCUUAGGUCUACCAGUGCGACCAAGACCUCACCCCCCGCUGCGACCGCCCUCCUCCGCGCCACUAUUCAUGCUCGACCUGUACCACGCCAUGUCUGCUGAUGGGGAGGAUGAAAGGAAUGAAAUUAUUGUGAACGGACCCGGCAUGGGGAGGUUUGGAGGGGCAGAGAGGUUGGUUCAGGUCAGCCACUCCGUCCUGCCGACCCUCAGCACCCACCAACCCCCACUGGGCACAGUGGUCAGCGAGGCUGACACGGUGAUGAGCUUCGUCAACCUGGUGGAGCAGGAGCGAGACCUCCUGCAGCCUCGUCCGUACUGGAAGGAGUUUCGCUUCGACCUGACGCCCCUCCCUCAGGGGGAGACGGUGACGGCAGCAGAGUUUAGGAUCUAUAAGACCCUGACGAUGGGCCAGAGGGCCAACCGGACCCUGCACAUCUCCGUCUACGAGAUCCAGAGAGACAACAGACACAGAGAGCCGGAGCUGGUGCUGCUGGACAUGCAGUCGGUGCCCGCAGGACAGGAGGGCUGGCUGGCCUUCGACGUCACCACGGCCUCCAACAACUGGCUGCUCCGCCCGCGCAGCAACCUGGGCAUACGUCUGUAUGUGGAGACAGAGGAGGACCGCUCCCUGUCUGCAGGCUGGAUCGGGUUGGUGGGCCGCAGGGGCCCCCGCUCCAAGCAGCCCUUCAUGGUGACCUUCUUCAGGGAGAGUCAGGUCCCGUGUCGCCCGCCACGAGCUGUCAAGCCACAUCCUCGCAGGAAGAAACCCAAAUAUGACCUCCCAGUUCCCAGCAUUCAAAAUCGGAGUCCUGUAAACACCGGAGCUCAGCCCUGUAAAAAACAUGAACUCUACGUCAGCUUCAGCGACCUGGGGUGGAAGGACUGGGUCUUGGCCCCCACUGGAUACUCAGCCUACUACUGUGACGGAGAGUGCUUUUACCCUCUGGGCUCCUGCAUGAACGCCACCAACCACGCGCUCAUCCAGCAAGUGGUCCACCUGCUGAAGCCGGACGAGGUUCCUAAAGCGUGCUGCGCUCCCACCAAGCUCAGCCCCAUCUCCGUCCUCUUCUACGAUGACAACAACAACGUCAUCCUCAAAAAACACCGCAACAUGGUGGUUAAGACCUGUGGGUGUCUGUGAGAGUGGAAAAGGUUCCACAUGGAAAGUUAUGAGUCAAAUUUGUAUCAAAAUGUACAUGGUGGAUUAUUUCUUUCCAGCAGUAAAUAUUUCUGUAAACAAGUUGGAUUACAAAGCAAUAUAAAUCUAAUUUAACAUAUUUGUAAUACUAGUGUUUGAGUUCUGAUUUAGUAUCAGUGGCUUGUGUGUUUUCAAUCCAAUCCAUUGAUUCCAAAUCAAAACUUUAGCUUUCUCUGAUAGUUGGGUGUUAGUUUGUGUCCAAAUUGUAUGAUUGGCCUUUGCACUCAAUAGCAGAAACCUGUAUUUGACAACCUUUACCCAACUUGGGAAAGCUACAACUUGUUUGGCUUUCUUAACAGCAGUCUUCUUAUAGAUGGGUUUGAAUAGCAAAUUGGAUGGCAGAACAUGCUAAUGACUGUAAACAAGACAUUAAAGGACAGUACUAUUGUUGCAGCUCUAAAGUCUAUAUAAAGAGAAUAUGUAUAAUUGUUUUGAAUUAAUAAUAAAAUAAGUUCACAUUUUC